CUGGUCUGGGUUUGGGUGGAGACUGGAGACGGAGAAGCGAGUCCGGGUUGGGUGGAGGAGGAAAAGCGAGUUGAUCUGCGAACGCACCAGGUGUUCGACCGAUGCUCCGGUCGUUAUUGCGGGCCCGAAGGCCGAUCCGCGCGGCGUCGGAGGGCGCGCCGGGUGACCUGCUGAGGUCGCGGAUCGGGGAGCGGGAGAGGGCGCGGCGGCGGCGGCGGGACCCUGCACGGGACGAGUUAUUUGUGCAGGUGCCGGAGUCUAGCUCCUGGCUCGACACCGCCUCCAUGCCCAUGGUCCUCACCGCCGUCGCCGUCGCCCUCUUCGCCAAGGUCCUCAUGAUGUAUGAUGAAUCCAAAGCACAAGAGAGGCUGGAGCGCAAAAUACAGAAGGCUCCUCCUGGAACAGGGACAGUGAGAAUGCUUACUCGUGAAGAGUGGGAUGAGAUUCAGGAAAUUAGGCCAAGAACUCCUUUUGAGUCUAAGCUUGCUCGUCCAAAUGCACGUAUAAGAACUGGAGAACCAGUCCACUUGGAGGAUGUGAAAGAUUGGGCGAUAGAUGUGUUUUCCGAUGCUCUUACAAGAGUAGAAGAAAGUGCCAAGCAAAGGUGACCUGUGGGAACUAAAGAGCAACAGUACUCUUAUGUGGUUCGUGUAAAGUAGUGGAUUCAACCAAGAAAUUCAGGUGUAAGAGUUGAGCUGGCAAACAUGCUGAACCUAUUUUUACAGUAGUAUCGUGCAGAUCAUGGAACCACAUUAAUACUAAGGAGAGUUGGAAAAAUAUGUUUCUUUGGAGAAAACUACAGAAAUGGUCCACUUGUGAAAUCAUGCUUCAGAAUUCUGGAUUUUAUGUCAUUUUUAGUUAGCUACUAUUCUCUCGCCAUUCUCCAGGAAAUCUAAUUCCCUUGGCACUUCCUGUUUCGCUGGUAUUCUAAUUUGCUAGUCAUGGUAACUGUGGUGCAUUAUGAAAAUAAAAGUAAAACAAUGUUGUGGAAAAAAAAUUCUCCCUUCCUAAGUGUCUCCAUACAGAGAGGGCCAGACACUUGAAGACAGCUGCAUUCUUUCUUGGGCUUAAACUUUACGGUGUAUUAUGAACCUUUUGUUUACUAGUAGUUGGGCUAGUAAAAUUAAUACGAGCCUGAAGUGUUUAAUGGAUUGGGAAUUAAAUUUUAUUGUUUGGUCUGUGUGUU